AUCCCUGUUGAUUUCGAUCUGGUUAGUGCUGAAUGAUUCUGGAAAGAUGGCGGUCAGCAUCCGAGGCCGUCCGAGCCGAAGCGUUCGGAUGCGAGGUCGGAAUGACAGUGGGGAGGAAAAUGUACCACUCGAUCUUUCCAGAGAUCCUUCAGACAACCUCCGGGAAAUCCUACAGAAUGUUGCCAAGCAACAAGGAGUCUCCAACAUGCGCAAACUCGGUCACCUGAACAACUUCAUAAAGCUUCUCUGCAAGGUCGGCCACUCAGAAGAGAAGCUUGGGUUUACACAUGAAGAGAUCAUAAUUUGUCUCCGGUUAGCGCUGUUGAACGAGGCUAAGGAAGUGCGCGCUGCAGGGCUGAGGGCUCUACGCUACCUGAUCAGAGACAGCACUAUUCUCCAGAAGGUCCUCCGUCUUCAGGUGGACUACCUGAUCGCCAGGUGCAUAGACAUCCAGCAAAGCAAUGAGGUGGAGAGGACACAGGCUCUCAGGCUGGUGCGAAAGAUGAUCACUGUGAAUGCACUGCUCUUCCCCUCGUCUGUCACCAACUCCCUCAUUGCCGUGGGCAACGAUGGGCUACAGGAGCGAGACCGCAUGGUUCGCGCCUGUAUUGCCAUCAUCUGUGAACUUGCUGUGAAGAACCCUGUGGUGGUGGCCCAGAGGCGUGGUCUCAGCACCAUUCUGAAGAACGUGAUCGACUGUCAGCUGAGCCGCAUCAACGAGGCACUCAUUACUACCAUCCUACACCUCCUCAACCACCCACACACACGCCAGUAUGUGCACUCGGAUGUGGAGCUCGAGCAAAUCCUGGCCCCUUACACUGACUUCCACUACAGACACAAUGCAGACACGGCAGAGGGGCAGCUCAAGGAAGACAGGGAGGCUCGUUUCCUGGCAAGUAAAAUGUCCAUAGUUGCUUCCUUUCGCUCCUGGUCAGGCAUCAUUAACCUGUGCAAGUCAGGCAACUCUGGAAUCCAGUCUCUUAUUGGCCUGCUCUGUAUACCAAAUAUGGAAGUAAGGAAAGGCUUAUUAGAGGUGAUAUAUGAUAUAUUUCGGCUCCCCAUGCCGGUUGCGACUGCAGACUUUAUUGAAGCACUUAUCAGUGUGGACCCUAGCAGGUUCCAAGACAAUUGGAGGUUAUCAGAUGGCUUUGUGGCUUCUGAAGCAAAAGUUAUCCUUCCACAUCGAGCUCGAUCAAGGCCUGACUUAAUGGAUAAUUACCUGGCGUUGGUACUGUCUGCCUUCAUCAAGAGUGGACUUCUUGAGGGUCUCGUUGAGGUUAUCACAAGCACUGAUGACCCCAUCUCUGUGCGAGCCAUCAUUCUACUGGGAGAACUGCUUCACAUGGCCAACGCCAUCCUCCCCCACUCCCACAGCCACCACCUGCACUGUCUACCCACACUCAUCAACAAGGCUGCCUCCUUCGACAUCGCCCAGGAGAAGAGACUACGGGCGAGUGCAGCGGUCAACUACCUGAAACGUUUCCACGAGAAGAAGAAGAGAGGACCCAAACCCAACAGCCUGUACCUGGACCACAUCAUCCGCAAAUCGAAAGCUUCUCACUACUGUAGAGAUCAGCACUUUAGACCACAGAGAGAUAUCUUUGUCAUUAAGGACACUGAGGAUGCUCUUAUGAUGAACCUGAGAGACAGCCACAUCCUCAACCACAAAGAGAACCUGGACUGGAACUGGGUUCUCAUCGCAACAAUAUUGAAGUGGCCAAACGUUAACCUGCGGAGCAAUAAAGAUGAACAAAUGCACAGGUUUGUACGCAGGCUGCUGUUCUUCUAUAAGCCCAGCAGUAAGCUGUACUCCAGCCUGGAGCUGGACCACAGUAAGGCCAGGCAGCUCACUGUGGUAGGAUGUCAGUUCAUCGAGUUCCUCCUGGAGUCUGAGGAGGAUGGGCAGGCAUACCUGGAGGACCUGGUGAAGGACAUAGUCCAAUGGCUCUCCUCUUCCUCAGGGCUCAAGCCUGACCGCGGUCUCCAGAGCAACGGGUUGCUCACCACUCUCAGCCAGCACUACUUCCUGUUCCUGGGCACUCUUUCCUCACACCCACACGGCGUCAAGAUGCUGGAGAAGUGCAGUGUCUUCCAGUGCCUGUUGAACAUCUGUACUCUGAAAAAUCAGGACCACCUGUUGAAACUCACUGUCUCCAUACUGGACUACAGCCGUGACGGGCUGUCCAGGGUCAUCCUGUCCAAGAUCCUCACUGCUGCCACUGACAACUGCAGGUUGUAUGCCACUAAACACCUGCGAGUGUUGCUUCGUGCCAAUGUGGAGUUUUUCAGUAACUGGGGCAUCGAGCUGCUGGUCACCCAGCUCCACGACCGCAACAAGACCAUCUCCAUGGAGGCGUUGGACAUACUGGACGAGGCCUGUGAGGACAAGGCAAACCUCCAUGCUCUGAUCCAGAUGAAGCCAGCUCUCACACACCUGGGGGACAAGGGCGUCCUGCUGCUGCUACGGUUCUUGUCCAUUCCAAAGGGCUUCUCCUACCUAAGUGAGAGGGGUUACGUCACCAAGCAGCUAGAGAAAUGGCAGAAGGACUAUAACCUGAAGUAUGUGGACAUGAUAGAGGAGCAGCUGAACGAGGCUCUCACCACGUACCGCAAGCCUGUCGAUGGAGACAACUAUGUACGCCGAAGCAACCAAAGGUUACAGAGGCCAAAUGUUUAUCUUCCUGUUCAUCUGUAUGGCCAGCUUGUCCAUGAUAAGACAGGCUGCCAUCUACUGGAAGUCCAGAAUGUGGUUCCUGACCUAAGCUACACUGUCCGUUCCCCAAUGCUGGACAAGUGGGAGGGCAUCAAACAGCUGAAGGCAGCACUUUGGGCCUUGGGUAACAUAGGGUCAUCAAACUGGGGGUUGAACCUCUUACAGGAGGAGGGGGUGAUCCCUGACAUAGUGGUUCUGGCCCAGCACUGUGAGGUUCUCUCCAUCAGGGGGACGUGUCUGUACGUGUUGGGGCUGAUCUCAAAGACACGUCAGGGCUGUGACAUGCUGAAGCAGCACGGCUGGGACGCUGUAAGACACAGCCGGCGGACGCUGUGGCCCGUUGUCCCAGACGACAUGGAGCCCCACCCCAACCCGCCCAGCCUGCUGUCCUCUGUCCCCUCCACCCUCAGCCUCGCCUCUGACUCCACCAGCUCUAGACACAACAGUGAGAGUGACUCCACACAGCCCAGUAAGUCUCAGCCCAGUAUGUACAUCAUGGACGAUGAGCGGCUGGAGAACUGUGACCUGUCGGACGAUCCUCCCAUGUACAUGAGACCCAAGUACAAGGACCGCAGCCCCUUCACCCUCCUGGCUUCCAGCCACUUCCGUAACCGCCUCCUCCACUCUCUGUCGCUCUCCGGAAAGAUGCUGCGCAGCACCAGCGACCCUAAGGGCACCACCAGGGACCACGGAGGAGGGAUGGAAGAGGAUCAGGGGCGCAAACGCACCGUUACUGAACCCAGCUACACCUUUGGAUCUUCAGAUGUCUUCCCAAUCUAUAAUGACGGCCACCUGCCCAAAAGCCCCUCUGUCAACCUAGAAACUUCCAUUGUGGGCAGCAAGACCCCUGAAAACCAGGGCAGCACCCCCAACUUCGGUGAGGGAGAUGGGGAAGGGAGGCUGCCAGGCCGGUCAGUGGGGGUAGGAGGGUCAGGGGUGGGGGUGGGGGAGAACCAGAGAGAGCAGACUAGCCGGGAACGCCUGGCCGGGGAUGGCCCGUCCGGAGGGGGCGGGGGGGCUCAGUUUAAAUCGCGCAGUCAGAGCUUCAACACGGACACGACCACCAGCGGCAUCAGCUCUAUGAGUUCCAGCCCCUCCAGGGAGACCCUGCCCUCCACCAUCGACACGGACGGUGUCAGCCUCAACAGUGUGAUCAGCGCCCAGACCAUCCAGACCCUGACCUCCCUCACCCCCCAGCCCCACACCGCCCACCUCUCCUCCCUGUCCAAAUCUAGCUCUACCUCCCUGGUGCCCCCCGGCUCCUCCCACACCCUCCCCCGCCGCGCCCAGUCUCUCAAGUCGCCUUCGUUGACCACCCUGAGCGGCCUGACGGACUGCAGCCUCAUGUACUCCAACUCCCGCGACGCGCUGGGCUACGCCACGCUGAAGUACGCCACUUCCUGUGACACGUACGCCAGUCAGCGUGAUGCGCUGGGCUAUGCUACUCUGAAGAGGCUGCAGCAGCAGAGGAUCCACUCGUCCCUGUCCCACAGCGAGGCUCUGGCCUCCCCAGCCAAAGACGUGCUCUUCACUGAUACCAUCACCAUGAAGACAGGCAGCCUGGACUCCAGACUCACCCCACGGCGGUUCUUGAAGGCUCUGAGUUUUGCCUCCCUGGACAAGGAGGAUCUGCUGAGCCCCAUCAGCCAGAACACUCUGCAGCGGUCCUCCUCAGUGAGAUCCAUGGUGUCCAGCGCCACCUACGGCAGCUCUGAUGACUUCAUCGGCCUGGCGCUGCCAGUGGACAUUAACAACAUGUUCCAGAUAAAAGAAACAGCAUAUUUCCUGAAGAGGACCAGCCCUCCCUCUGAGGACAGAUCUGCCAAAUUCUUCUCUGGAGACUCAGAUGGCCCCAGCCCUCACUCCAGGCAUGCAGUGCUUCGCUCCCAGCUGAGCAUCACAGAGCUGAUGGGGGUGAGCCGGGCGGAGCAGCAGAAGUUGCUGGGCUCAGAGGAGACGGGUCUACAGGAACACAACGAUGACAACUGCCUCUACUGCACUGGGCUCUCUGUGCUCGGCUUCAGCGCUUCCAAUAGCAGCCCAGACUUGACAGAGGAACCCCCUUUCUCAGAAUGGUGCAGUCCGCCUGUGCAGAACCACCUGGAGGUCAUGGGCCAAACCAAACUGUCAGGGGUUUCCGGGUGCAGUGAUGCUGUGUCUCAGGGCUCCCCAGGAAGCACCCGCAGCACUGAACUGAUUUUGGGAGUGAAGUCCAUUCCAGAGGAAUCGCCAGCCGGCAGGGUUCUCCUCAGGAAGGAGGUCCUGCGUCUCGUGGUCAACCUCAGCUCCUCUGUGGGGAUCAAAGGCCACGAGACUAACCUGCUAACGAUCAAGGAGAAAUUCCCAUAUGCAUUCGAUGACAUCUGUCUCUAUUCUGAGGUGUCUUACCUGCUUGCCCACUGCAUGUUCCGUCUGUCCGCACGCCGCUUCAUCCAGGAGCUCUUUCAAGACGUGCCAUUCAUUCCGAUGUACGAAGAGGCAGAGGCCAUCCUCUCCAAGCCCCCAAAGAAUGGACCGGCCGACCCUCCCACUGAGCCCUGAGUCAACCCUACUGCCCUUCCCUUCUGUCUCACAGCCUGUCAAACCCUGAGUCACCACUACUGAUAUUCCAGUCAACCACAACCCCUAAAGCCUGAAUCACACCCCACCCCCGGAACCUUCAGCUUACCCUCAAACCUCAACCCCCGGAACCUUCAGCUUACCCUCAAACCUCAACCCCCGGAACCUUCAUUUAACCCUCAACCCCCACCCCCGGAACCUUCAUUUAACGCUCAAACCUCAACCCCCAUGACCCUUCAGUAACUCUCAACCCAAACCCCCCUGAACCUUGGACUUUGUAGUCCUCAAACUUCAGUCAACCCACACCCCUGACGUGUGAGACAACCCUAACCCCUCAACCACAAACGCUUGAGUCACUACCAACCACAGCUCUGUAGGGCCUGAGUUACCUUCCACCCCCACAUCCUCCCUUACCUCUCCAUACCAGAGUGCACUCACUGUAUGUCCUCCUGGGAUUUGGACAAAAAUGAAAAUAUGGAGGGAAGAAAUAUGUUCUUCCUAUUGACUAAGUUUUAGAUAUGAUUGAUGAUAACGCAGGAUGAACAAAUAUUCUGUUUUUUUUUAUCUGAUCAAAUGAUGGCAGCCAGCUGAGUGUUUUUAACAGAGCUCAUUUUUGGGAAAUUCUUCACACACUGAGCUUGGAUCACAAUCAAAUCCAAAUGACUUAAAACGGUCCAUCAUUCCUGAGGGCUUCCUGAGUUAUUUUUAAUAUAUGACUGCAUCCCAACCACUGGUGUGAAAUACCACAGCAUGUUGUUUUUGGCUUGGCUUCUCCCAAAGUGGAUCCAUUGACUAAAACACUAAAGAGUAGGGUUCCUCUGCAUAACACUAAAAACUCUCUGCAUCUGGAGAGAGGACCAUGCCAUUGUGAAAAUCAUUGCACCUGAACAAAGAACAGUGAAGGAGAAUAGUGAUAAAUACUUUUGGUAUUGCUCUAUUUAAUGACGGCAGAUACAGGUCAGCCAAAUGAUCAUCAUUCACUGGUACAGUUUGGUGUUUGUCUCUCUUAUUUGUUGAUGUGCUAAAGAGGAAAUGUUCCUCCUUGCCCUUUGCUGGAUUUUGUUUUGUUAUUUUGUUUAGGACUUUGUUUGUUUGUGUUUUUAAGCAUUUAUAUUAAGAACUGAACAACUACAUGUAGGAGUGAAAUCUAUCAAAAACAUUGAACAUCUGUCUGUGUGUUUCAGCACAGAAGAGUUAUUAACGGUCAGUUACUCAACUGAUGAUUGAAACUACGCCUGCAUUUAUUUUUGUUUACGACCUAGAAAUUUAAACCCUAAAAUAAAAGUGCAGGUUGAAACAAGAGAUUUGGUUCUCAUCAAAGUGGAGGAAGACCUAUGACUGCUACCCCUUCUGUCAUAAAUUUCUUCAGAACAUGGUUCAUGAAAACAGUCACUAUUUGAUGGCCAUGUAGAGUUGCUGCUUCAUUCCACAGUCAUUCAGUAGCCAUUCCCAUCAGUUUCCAUUCAUUUCUGUCAGUUGCCAUUCCACAGUCGGAAGCCAUUCCUGUCAGUUGCCAUUAAUUCCUGUGUUAGUUGCUGUUCCUUAGACUGUGUCCUUGGGAGUCACUGUCUGCUUGUUCUUAAUCUGGUAAAACUGGGGAAUAAUGAAACUGGAGUAAACGUUUUGAAGUGGAGCUCAGGUACUGCCUGAACAUGUCCAAUAAGAACACUCGUUUAAUUGGAAAACUCAGCCACUUCCGGGUCGAAAUCUAGCUACAUGUUUGUAAAAUGACGGUUUAAAACAGUCACUGUACUGUUUGUUUUUUUGCUAUGCAAGAUGCCUGUUAAUUGUGAGCCCAAAUGUACAUGUAUAGGUUAUUAACUGGUUUGAUAUAUUUCAGCUUUUGUUUGAAGUUUGUUUAGCUGUUGGCUCAUUGUUUCAUUACUGUUUUAAAGAAGUGGUGGCUACCAUUGUGUGGUCCUUUCCAACAUGAUUCACUUUGACUGAAGAUGGUACUUGCUGCACUGAAUCCUUCAACAUGCACGUAUGACUAUUCUGACAAUGGAAGUGUUUAGGCCUACUGUUGAAAAUGGCCUUGGUUAAGUGAUGAAUUAGUUAGAGAAAUGGACUGGUGAAAAUAGGAUUGGGGUGCACUGCAAUUGCACUUAGCAAUCAACAUGAACUAAGUAUGCAAUUACUACAGAAAAUAUUUUUCUGUAUAAAUGCGUAAUGUUGAAAAGUUAGGUCCUCUGCGAGCAGAGAAUUGUAUAGUUGCAGCCCACAAUGUGCAUAGUGGAUCACUGCUCUAAAUGAAAAAUAAAUGUGGAUAUUUAAUAUCGCAGAUUCCCACUCAACUAUACCUUCAUAUAACCUUAUUUUGCACGUUUGCAUUCUAAGAGACCUCAGUUCACCUUUUCAACAAACUGCAAAAUUCGAAAUAGUGGUUGUUGUUUUUUGUCAAGUCUACAGUACAUUUCAUAGUUAGACACAUUUGAACAUAAUACUGAUGUUUCAGAUAUAUAUUGAAUAAGGUCAAUUAUUUGGGAACAUAAUUGUACUACUUUCUGUUGGGGACCAAAAAGCUAAACUGAAAAGCCAAUAAUGAUUUGUUAUCUAGCAAUUGUUUGAAACAACAGGAAGUAGUAACUUAAAUAUUUAACUUUGUCUACAUUUGAGUGAUUUGAAGUGGACUUUUGCUGAUAAAGCACUGUAAUGGGGAUGUGAAAACAAAGCCUUUAUUGUACCUGGACCGUUUAGGAACAGAGAGACAAAGAUAAGAGAAGUGUUAUUUAUAUUUUUCCUCAAGUGAAAACAUUUUCAAGAAGAUGUAUAUAAGUCUGUGUGGCUCCCCCCAAUUUGUGGUUUUCCUUGUACAUAACUAUGUAUGUUUUUGGCAUUUUAUAUAGGCCAUUAGAAUCAUUCUUAUUAAAGGGAUGUAUUGAUAAUAAAAACAUCAUCUACUCA